CGCCCAAACGCCAUUACGUUGGUUUCCGACGUUGCUUCAAGUCUGAAUCGAAGUAGGCUAGCUAGAUAUUGCCAAGCGUACUUUCCAUAUGUCUCUAUGUUCAAAUAAAUAUUCUGGUCAUAGAUAGUCUUGUAAAUGUUUUUUUUUGGUUUUUUUUAAGAAUCCGAAAAUAAUUUUCAAAGCAAUCAACGACAACUGUUGGAUCGAAAUCUUCGCCUCAUCCAGCGUUUAUAAAUGAAGCAAAUAGCUACUUGCUAGCGAUCUAGCGGCUACGUUGGCUAUCUAAUCGGUUAGGGAGCUAACAAGUGACAAUUCACAAAGGUAAACAAGCCAACCGCUAGAAAUUGAAGGGUGGGAUGUGAAUAUCAUUUAUGUAACCUGCCGUGUUUUUUUUGCAAAAUGGACCAUGGAGGACCUUUGCAACGCGAGGACUGUAAUAUCGUUUAACGAGAUGAGAAAUACAGCGACAUUCCAAUAGCAACGUCGCUACUGAAAAACAAUACAAAUCCCGAAUCCCUCGUCCAUUUACAUGGUGAAAGCCAUCGGUAAAGGCCUGGUGUUAGUAUUUAGCUAACUAACUGCCCCUAGACCAUCAAAUCCACCCUUGUGCAGUAGACUGCAACAGCCGUGCCCUGGAAACGUCACCGUUGUCACAGGAUUUGGAGGAUGCUGACACUGAUGCACCUGAGAGAGAACCCUCCUGUCUGACACAACCAGCUGGAUUUAACACGCCCUCCCCUCAGUACCCCCAUCUCCUGCACCUGAACCAUGUGAGGGCCCCUCGCUCCACUUUGAGGGGAUCCCAGGACUGUUGUGUAAAAGCAGCCGCUGAGCGGGGCCAGAGUGAACCUGUGUGUGAGCAAGCAAUCUUCCCCCUAACCCCCCACCCACAUAUUCCCGAACCCCUUCCCAUUGGGAACACGCCAUGAUGUUCCGAGACCAGGUGGGCAUCCUGACAGACUGGUUCAAGGGCUGGAACGAGUGUGAGCAGACGGUGGCGCUUCUUUCCUUGCUGAAGAGAGCGUCUCGUACCCAGGCCCGCUUCCUGCACAUCUGCCUGGAGCACUGGCUGGCAGACUGCACUGAGAUCCACAUCCUGGAGGCUGAGGCCAACAAUGCAGACAUUGUGAGCCAGUGGCACCAGGAACCCAUGGAGAAGGCGGUGUCCCUGCUGCUGUCCCACCUACCCCUGCUGCAGCCCCGCAACAGCGAGGCCAAGUGUGAGUACAUGAAGCUGCUGCAGAAGGUGCUGAGCCACACCAUCGAGAGCAGCCUGUUUGUGGAGGAGAGCAGACAGCUGCUGUCCUACGCCCUCAUCCACCCAGCCACCACCCUGGAUGACCGCACCUCGCUGGCCAUGUGGCUUAACCACCUGGAGGAGCACCUCUCCAGCGGCUACCCAGCGCCCUCCUCCCGGCCCCCCUACCACCCCCGUCAGGGCUCAGAUGAGUGGCCGUGCUCCGCGGAGGGACUGGACCCUGGCCACGGCUGGCUGGACAAGCCCCCCUCCUCCAGCUCCUCCCCUGCAGGGCAGAAUGGACACAUGUCUUUCCAGGGCGGGAUGCCCUCGCCCAUCAACAGCAACAACGCAGGCAUGGGUCAAAUGGGCCAGGCCAGUCCUCUGAAGAGGUCCUUGUCCCUGAUCCCCUCCAGUCCCCAGGUCUGUGGCGCAGAUUGGCUGAGCCAGGACGACCUGGGGGGGCGACAGGCCUUUGACCACGCGCCCCUGUCCCCGCAGAGUAGUGUGGCAUCCUCAGGCAGCGAGCAGACUGAGGACCAGGGCUCCAGAAACACCUUCCAGGAGGACGGCAGUGGCAUGAAAGAUGUGCCCAUGUGGCUGAAGAGCCUCCGUCUUCAUAAGUACGCAGCACUUUUCUCCCAGAUGACUUAUGAAGAGAUGAUGAUUCUGACAGAGCACCACCUGGAGUCACAGGUUUGUCAUCGUUUGUCACAGAAUGUGACCAAAGGUGCUCGGCACAAGAUAGCCCUGAGUGUCCAGAAGCUGCGAGAGAGGCCAAGCGUUCUCAAGUCUUUAGAGAAGGAUAUAUUGGAGGGGGGCAACCUGCGUAACGCCCUACAGGAACUACAGCAGAUCAUCAUCACCCCCAUCAAGGUCUACAGCUACAGCCCUCCCAGUGUUUCCCACAGAGAUAUGGAGGGGACUGGAUCUCCCUCAGACCACACCAACCCUGGGGAGGACAAGGACCUGGCCCAGGAGGGCUUCCAGCCCCACAACCCCCCUCCCUGCGACGGGGAGUCCUCAGCCACACCCAUCUCAGACCGCGACAUUGCUGGCCAGUUCACGCGUGUCAUGGGUAAAGUGUGCACUCAGCUACUGGUGUCCAGACCGGACGAGGAGAAUAUCAGCUGUUACCUGCAGCUCAUUGAGAAAUGUCUGACACAUGAGGCUUUCACAGAGACUCAGAGGAAGAGACUGGUCUCCUGGAAGCAGCAGGUUCUCAAACUGCUCCGCUUGUUCCCAAGGAAAGCCAUGCUGGACAUGCCUGUGUACCGACAGAAAGGCUGGGCAUAUGGGUCCAACUCCCUCCCCACAGCAGGCUCUGUGAGUGCUGGGGGUCUGGCACGUAGGGGGCAGAGGUCAUUCCAGAUGCCCCCUCGUGGCCUCACUGCCGGGCGCAUGGGGCUCCUGAGUCCAGGUGGCAUCGGGGUUGCUUCCCCACGCCACACCCUCACCAGCCCCACACUGCCAGGCCAGGGCAGACAGAACCUGUGGUUUGCCAACCCUGGGGGCAGCAACAGCAUGCCAAGCCAGAGUCGCAGCUCCGUGCAACGGACCCACUCACUCCCUGUCCACACCUCCCCGCAAACCAUGCUCCUGUUCCAGCAGCAAGAAUGCCAAGUUCCAGGUGCAGACCUGGAGAUCAACCCCACCCUGGAGUCACUGUGCCUCAGUAUGACAGAGCAUGCCUUAGGGGAUGGAAUGGACCGAACAUCAACAAUAUGAAAUUAAAAGCAGUGAAAGGAAGAAACCAAACUGACACUUCACUUCAACUGAGGCCUGUUCAGUUCCUCUUGCCCAGCACAAAAAUAUAUGCUUAAAAAAGAAAGCGAAAUGGUCACUACAAAACGACAACUAACAGUGUAUGUUCUCUGAUAUUUUUCUACUUUAUUAUACUUAACUGAGUUUAUUAUAAAUGGAAUACAGAUGACUAUUAUAUUACAGGAGGGAGAAGAGGUUACUUGUGCAACCUGCUCAAUGUCUUCUGCAGGUCUGUGACAUUAAAAGGAGCAGAUUGAUGCUCCGAGUGUUGGGCUUUGAGAGGAAAAUGGAGGAUUGGUGCUGUCUUAAGGGGUUUCUAACUUACAUGUUUCUCCCCUUUUCCUCCCAGAAAAAAAAUCCACGCAGAGCCACGCCUUACACCCCCAGAUACUUUAACUGUAUGGUCAGGGUCUCCCAACCAGGAGUAAGGCACUUGGCCUCCCAAUUGGGCACUAGAACAGAAUCCCACACAUGACCAGCCUGUAGCAUGGCUCUGAUCCUUGAACACAACUACAGCUGUCUACACAACCACCCUGCUACAGCCAGAGCUAGUUAGGCCCUGACAGUGGACACACCAACACCCUGGCUCAUUCCCCUCACAUACCCAACAUGGGUAUUACUGGCUCUGACACCUCCUCACCUCUACUAGGCCAAAGAGAAGGGCUCUGUGUGAAUAUCUAUGUUAGACUGAUGUUUGGAGUGGCCAAUGCGACAUUAGACAUGGUAAUUGUUAAAACAAUGGCGGUUUGAACGUAGCAUGCCGGCUGCAACUUGUCCGCAUUGAUAUUUUUGCCCUACUACAAAAAUGAUGAUGAAUCUCAUUUGCAAGUUAAGGGCAGAGGGAAAACCCCACAGGGUUGAAAAAGGACUGGGGAGGUUUCUUCUGUGGGGGCUGUGAGAACUUGCAUUGGUAAAGAAAAUGGAAAAAAAUCCAAGGGGAGCUGUUGGCGCAUGUGUUUUCAAGUAGUUACCUCCCUAUGUUAUACUGGGUGAGGAAGCUUAAUGAAUUCACCUUCUACCCUGAGGCCCCAUUAUGACUGGUCCUGAAAAAUGCAAAGGAAGCACCGUCUCUGCCACUCAGAAUGAACCAGUACCCACCUCACCCUGCCCUCUCCUCAACAGCCUGUGUGGAGAUCUGCGGAAUCAUACUUUUUAAGUAGCCAGAAUAGAUUCCCACCCUGCGCUUACUUACAGCUGCACUGGGGUUGGACAGCCUCCCUGUUUUGAUUAAGACACAGAGGAGCCGGCGUGAGAAAACGUACCCCAAUCCAGGGAUGAGAAAUGUGAUGUACUCGGAAUUGUCCUAUUAUCUCAACUGAUACAUCGAAGAUUAAACAACUGAUCGUUUUUAAGUAAACUGCCGUUUUCGUCGUCCUGCUAGCCAGCAGUAGCCACAGCAGCUAUUAUGGACUGGCAUGUCGCGUUGAACGACGAAGGAGCUGAGUGGCUGACACUGCAAUUCCAAAAUGGCUGCUGUGGCUUCUGCUACCUACCAGGAGGACGAAAAACUAGCAGUCGUUCAAUAUUUUCGGUGUAACAGUUGGGAUAAUGGGACAAUUUGGAGUACAACGCAUUUCUCAUCCCUGGAUUGGGGUACGUUUUCCGAGCCACAUCUCGCGUCCGGCUCCGCGGUGGCUUAAUCUAAACUGGAAGGCUGUCCAACCCCAGUGCAGCUGUAAGAAAGCGUAGGGUGGGAAUCUAUUCUGGCUUAUAUUUUAAGGUGCUUGAAAUAUGUCCUGUUUGGGUCUCUAUGUGUUCCAGUUGUAAAACCCUAACACUUAUUUUGUGGUAUCAGUGUUGAAUCAGAAACUCUUAUACAACCUCUGUCUUUGAAUGUGGCAGAGCGGAGGUGCAUGUAUGUAUAUGGUCUUAACGUUUGGAUCACCUUUGGUUGCAUCACGAGGCAGGGAUAUCCAUUCGCAUUUUAUUUCUGCAGAGCCAUAGCUGGUCUAUUUGUUUAGUAAACAUGGUUAUUUACCAGCACGACUCAUUUUUUUUUUUUUUUUUUUUUACUACUCCCUUCAUUUUAAGAGCGUCUGUUUUUUUUCUAGAAUUGCAUGUUUUUCCCCCACACUAAUUGAACGAUUGUUGUAGAUAUUGAGAGAGGGUAGUUUGGCACAGUCAUGGUAGUGCUUAAUGUCUACAAAUCCUCCAGAGAGCAGAGAUGAUGGGACUGGAGUUCAAUGUUGAUACCUCCUAACAGCACUGUUUACCUCCCUCUGGGAGUGCCCAUUUCAUCUUCUGCGAUGUGUAAUGAUGGGUCCGAAAAUAAGACUGUUGGCACUUCAGUGCUCGUAAAUAUGCUGUCUCAGUAUGUAAGGCCUAAAGCACGUCGCUAAGCCUUCUACCACAUGAGAGGGCUGGGUAGAGAAUGACAGAUGCCUUCUACCCCCUCAGUUCAGCUGCUUAUCUACUCGCUGUAAUCAUGAUUCUCACUAGACUAGAUAGUGUCUAGUGAGUGAGACCUGUAUGAGGGUAUGUUGUGUACCCUUUGCUCUGCGCUCCUAAAGUUUUUGAGUGGCAAGUGAAGACUGAUAUUGCCUGGCCUUGUGGGUUUGAACUGUCAGAUGCCGCAGGCUGAUUAACAGUUGAUGUCACCUGAAAUGCACAGCGACAGCUUCCUCUCUCUGAUUUGGCUGUUGAGCCUGAGUAGUGUCCUAGUCAUGGUUUUCCUCUGAGCUGGCUCUUGGAUAGAUAUGACUUUAUGAAUACAUUAGAUUCAUUCCCACAAAGAGAGUAGAAUGGUUACAUUUUUUUUCUCACAAAUUUCAGGUUUAGAUAGGCAACCAAUGAUCUCAAUCUAAGCUAUUAAACUGAUAAUUGAUACUAGCAUGACAUGUAAUAUGGCUCAGGUUGUCAUUUCCUAUCCCUGUCGCAAUACACACAAUGGCACCUGAAGUAAUUCCUCCACGUAUGGGGUAGCCAGUCCCGUUGUAGAAAAGUCUUAGUUCUUUCGGCGAGGCUAAAUUGAGUUUGCACAUGCCAGUGGUUUAGGAUGCAGAGGGGGAUGAAAUAGCCAAUCUGAGUCAUAAUACUAUAUGUGCAAGUCUAGCCCAACACUAACAAUGGGUGAAGGAAUAUGUUUACCCCCGUGUUUACAUUUCAGUGAAGCAUGAAAUUGGUUAGAAAAUGCACUUCAUGAGUCUGGCUUUAUUUUCACAUGCCAAGCAGAAUUAUGAGGUACAUAACCAGCCUGUCAUACAUGAGACUCCUUCUCCCAAGUGGCCUGUCAGAUGUGGUCAAUGUCCCUGCCUGGCAUAAUAAAUAAGCAGUACGUUGUAGGCUUUUCAAUUUUUUUUUUGCAUCUCUGUCUUGUACAAUUUAUAUUUAAUUUUAAUGACUCCCCAAACAUUUUUCUAAUGUUUUAUGAAUGAACAGUUUGCAUCCCAUGCUUACACAAGCUACUUUUUUACUGUCACACAUUAUGUUUGAAUGAUCUGAACUACAGUAUUGAUCAGAUGACAGUCCAAAUAAAAGAGUUAAAUUUU